GGGGCUUGGCCAAAAGAGUGCAAAGGCUUAAAAGAGAGGUGACAUUCAGGUGGGGCAUCAUUCAGGUGAGCAUUCAUAUUCUCAUGUCUCCACCCUCCAGUGCCUGAGGAUACUACUACACUGAACCAGAAAACAGGAGUACAUCUCUGACUUAACGAGAUUGUCCUUUAAGUAUGUUGGCAGAAAUGGAGACGAUGGCUCAUGUGACUGAGAUCAGGCUGAGUGGAGAUCGGGGGGCCUGGAACGGAGUGGCUCCCUCCUCCUGCCCCGAGGUGGACCUGGAGGUCAUUGAGGAGUACCUGCAGGAGCACUCACUGGAGGUCCAGCCUGCGCACACACCUUCAUCGCCUCCCACCGCCUUGGGGCAACAAAUGCACGCACACUCCCAUCAGGGCACCAAGAUCAUAGUGAAUAGCUUCAUAGGUCAGCACCCGUAUGUGUGGCAACCCCACACUCCAAACGAAGAAUAUGAAGAUCAACCCCUGCCUCCAGCCUGGCGUAGUAUCCAUGACAACCAAUGGGACCACAUUCAUUGCUCAUACGAGGUGCCUGCAUACAUCGACUCAGACUCCCAGUCCAGUAGCUCCCAAUACCAGGAAUACCAAGAUUCUCCUUCCCCAUCAUCUGACAGGGGAGGCUCCCUGCCUCUCGCCCCACUUUCAGGAAAGAGGAAGGAGCGGUUGUUCCAGUUCCUGUUCGAGAUGCUCCAGACGCCAGCAAUGCGGAGCUGCAUCUGGUGGGUCCAGUCCUCCGCCGGCACGUUCCAGUUCUCCUCUCAAAACAAGGAGCGCCUGGCGCAGCUGUGGGGCCGGCGAAAGGGCAAUCGCAAGACCAUGACCUACCAGAAGAUGGCACGGGCGCUGAGGAACUACUCCCGCACUGGCGAGAUCCAUAAGGUGAAGAGGAAGCUCACCUACCGGUUCGAUGAGAAGACACUGAGAGGUCUACAAGGAGACUCUAACACAGUGUAGCAAGCAUGAUGGAGAGUGUAUAUAAACGUAGAAAUAGAAUUAGCACAAUGGAUAUUCAGAGAGAACCACUGUGGUUGUCCUAUUAAUGUCCUUUCUGCUGAUUCUACUUCUAUAGUAUGUAGAAACAAAUCAAUACUAAGUAUUUGAAAAGCCAGAAGAUGACAGACUGUAGGUCAGAGCUUUCGGUAGAUACAGAAAGCUCACUGGAGAUGGUAUAAGGGCCGGACAUGAAAUGUUGAUAGUGAUGCGAGGAAGCAAACUCACUGGAUGGGCGUAGGGUGUGUGAAAAGUCAGCUGGCAUUAAAGAUUAUGUAAAUCUAAAAGGUUAUAACAUAAUAUCUACUUUAUAAGUAGAACUUAAAUCAUUCUUAAAAUAAGUUUUUUUUUAUUUAAAGGUUUUCUGUUUUUUUGUGAUUCUGUAUUGCAGAUAUUCAGCACAUAUAAGGACAUGUGAUAGACUUUGUUACAAAAUUAAGUUGUGUAAACAUGAUCUGUUUGUGUUGUGUUUUUAAGAUGAAUAAAUAAAUUUGAAAAUAUUUUCACAAUC